AUGAGCUCUGUGGUUGAAUCCAGUGUGGUUGACCAUUCCUUCAACAGUAGGACCCACCUAAGAAGAUUUGAAUAUAACCCGUGCUCUACCAGGAGGUGCAGACAGUUUCUGGUGAGCCAUUUUCUCAAAUAUUAUCGUCAUUAUCUGGCAGCCAUAUUUGCCAUUGAAGAGAUCAACAAGGACACUAACAUUUUACCAAACAUCACUUUAGGCUUCCAUAUUUAUGACACAUGUUCCAGCGAAAGACAAACGGUUGCAAAUAUUACUUAUGGAACUCAGGAUAGCAGCUUCAAUGACAGAAUACAUUUUCCAACACUUUACAACACUAUGACCAGCGAGAACACGCAGGAUAAAGUCAUUAUUUACCUUCUCAAAACAUUUAACUGGACGUGGGUGGGUAUUGUAGCAUCAGAUGAUGGCAAUCACCACAUUAGGAAUGAAAAACUGAAGGUCCAGAUUAUCAACAGCGGUGCUGCUUGUGUUGAAUUUUUCAUCGUGGUCAAGGAGAAGUAUCUUGCAAGUAUGUUUGACUCUAUAAAAACAAUAAAAAAGUCAACUGCAAAUGUUGUCAUAGUGGGCAUAAACAUGAGGGACUUUUUUUACAUUUUCUGGAGCCUUGCUGAGAAUUCUGAAAGGAAAAUUGUUUGGAUAUUUUUAACUAUCACAUCAAUUGAAUUUGUAAACUACCAAAUAACAGCAUUAAAUGGAUCCCUACUUUUGGAGUUACCCCAAGGGAACAUACCUGGUCUGCAGGAGUUCAUUUACUCUGCAAACCCUUUGAAAUUUCCAAGGGAUCCUAUCACUGCCUCUCUGUGGGAUGAAAUGUUUUUUCUACCAACCGGAAAAGGAACCAUAAAUAAUAGAAAUGAGACAUUGAAAACAUUUGAGGAAUAUUUUCCUAAUUUUAAUACCUACAGACUGACAUAUAAUACAUAUGUAUCUGUAUAUGCCCUAGGACAUGCUCUUCAUAAUAUGUAUAUGGAUAGUAUCGGCAACAGAUUGGAUCCUUCAAAAUUUCUGUCAAGAUUCAUGCCAUGGAAGAUCCCUCAUUCUACUUGUAGCAAGAACUGCCCUCCUGGUUCAAGAAAGAUUUUAAUCAAGGAGAAGCCAAUUUGUUGCUAUAACUGUAUUCAGUGCUCAGAAGGAGAAGUAUCUACUGUGUCUGAUAUGGAAAACUGUGUGAAAUGUCCUAAAAUCCAGUGGUCGAAUGAGCAGAGAGACAAAUGCAUCAUGAGGACCUUGGACUUUCUGUCUUUUGAGGAUGUUUUAGGACUAUCUCUGGCUUUAAUGGCUAAUUUCCUGUCUGUAUUAACGACAACGGUUUUGAUCAUCUUUAUAAAGUACAAACAUACAACUAUAGUGAAAGCAAAUAACAGAGAGCUUAGUUAUUAUCUUCUUAUAUCCCUGAUAUUGUCUUUUCUCUGCUUUUUAUUAUUUAUUGGUUGGCCAACGAAGGGCACCUGUUUAAUAAGACAAGUUGUAUUUGCCAUUGUCUUUACCUUCAGUAUCUCCUGUGUGUUGGGCAAAACUCUUACUGUUGUUAUUGCCUUUAGUGCCACCAGGCCUGGAAGCAAAUUAAGAGGCUGGGUUGGUACAAGGAUCCCAAAAUGCAUUGUGUUGCUCUGCACUCUUGUCGAGAUUGUUAUCUGCUCAUUAUGGCUGAUAAAUUCUCCCCCAUUUCCAGAAUUUGACACUGAGUCCCAAAGAGCAAUAAUGAUUUUACAGUGCAAUGAAGGAUCAGCUUUUGCAUUCUAUACCAUGAUUGGCUAUAUUGGACUUUUAGCUUUCAUAUGCCUCUUUGUUGCUUAUCUUUCUCGUAAUUUACCAGACAUUUUUAAUGAAGCUCAGUAUAUUACUUUCAGCAUGUUGGUGUUCUGCAGUGUCUGGAUCUCCUUCAUCCCAGCCUAUCUGAGUACCAAGGGCAAGUAUUUGACAUCCGUGGAGAUAUUUGCUAUACUCGCUUCUGGAUCAGGACUUCUUGGCCUUAUAUUUAUCCCUAAGUGCUAUAUCAUUCUGUUUAAGCCGGAAAAAAAAACUAGAAUAUAU